CUGGGAAGAGGGUGAAAGUGUGACUUUUUUGAAGGAUGGAAAAGGGAAGUUGUGAGGGCGGUGACGUUUGGCUCAUCUUAAAGCUCCGUAAUUAUCUUUCUGUACAAUCACAGGUUAAGAAUGAUCAAGUGGUGGAGCUUUGUGAUCAUUGGCCCAUGAGGAUUAGUGCUCACUGAAGGAUGAGACAUCGCUUUGGAAACCAAGUCAUUCAUCUCAGGUUUCUGCUUAUCUUAGCAUAAGGAAAUAGUGCACACAUUGAAGAAUGAAGAAAUGUUUUCCAGAUCCAGUUUAAAGAUGUUUCUCUGGCUUUUCCUUUGUGUACUCCAGUCUGAUAGUUCAGGCUUGGAGAUUACUGUGACAGCCAAAGUAGGAGAUGAAGCCAAACUUCCUUGCAAUUGCCACAAAAAAUAUACAGUCAAUGAACUGAAGACUUACACAAUCUACUGGCAAAAACCAGUAGGAAAUGGGAAAAAAGAUCUGGUUGUGAUAGCUCACAGAGAUGGCAAAGACGAACCCAAUAGAAAAGACCAACGUUAUCAGAACAGAACAAAGAUGAAUGAGCAGAAUCUUACACUUUCGAUUUUCUCAGUGCAAGCAUCAGAUAAGGGCACAUAUAAGUGCAUCAUUAUAACGAAUGAAGGAACAGAUGAAGAAUCCGUCAACUUCUCUGUGGUGGCUGAUUUUAGUAAGCCUAAUAUAUAUGCAGAGAUACCUAAUGGCUGUGACCUAACUCAGUUGACACUCAGGUGUUCUUCUCAUGGAGGACUAAACAAAGAUUUUAAGAUGCUUGGAUCUAUCAAUAAUAAGACAGAGAAAUGGACUGUUUCUUCAACAACUGACAACCAGACUGAACUUCUUAAUGUUACUGGCUACAUGCAGCUCAACGUGACUGAAAAUAUUGUUGUCCAAUGCUCAGUUGUGUAUGCUGGAAUCCAGAUUUCUGCCAACUUCACAUGGUCUAUAUCAAAGGAGUGUUUAUUGACUGCUCCACCACAUGGGAUCAUUAUUGCUUCCUCCGUGAUUCUCGUUUUUCUUGUAGCUGUGCUAGUAGUAAUCUUUCGGCGGCUCACCUGCAAGAAUUCGAGGUCCUCUCACCCUAUCAGUUCUUUCCAACCAGUGGAAACAUUUGACUUGGCACCACAGCAGCAACAACUAAAUGAGACAGUCAAGGAGGCAUCAUUCUGAUCCUACAAACCUUGGAUGAUCUCUUUUCCAAGUCUCAGCCUUUGCUCCGCAGACUUGUUUGCUGACAGAAUUUCAUUUUCAGCUGGAUAAAGAGGGUUGAGAAAGAAUACUCCUACCAAGAAUGUAAUGGUGUUUGUGAGCCAUGAAAAAAAACUCUGGGACCAAUGUAAAGAAAUAAUGAAGCUGACAAUGCAGCACUGCACUUUUGAUUCUGCUGUCUGCAGAGAUCACUUCCAGCCAUCAAUGGCCUUUACUGAACUCACCUUGAUUCACAUUGCAAUCAAAACUGCAGUAAGGGAUACAUUUAGUAUAAUAAAGAGGUGGUCUCAGACUUCAUUAAUUAUUCCACACAGUGGGCAGCAUCUGAAACAUGAGUUCUCAUAUUGGAUAAAGCAUGUCCAAAUAAUGUAUUGCCUGCUAUGUAGGGAAAGAGUUGCUUUGUUAUGGAAACUCAAUUUAAAUGCAGCUUUUCACUUUUAAUUCCUCUCAGUCCUCAUACUAUGCCGAGCACCAAGACAAGAUAUCAACCUUAUAACUGUAUAAUCUUGUUGCUACAGCAGCUGUACGAUGACCCUUCAAAAGAAACAGUAGCACACAUUAAUAUUUUGUACAUACAUUUGAUCCUACUCCAAGAAAUUGCAACAGUAUUUAUAAUUUUUAAUGACAGGGUUACAUGCAUGUCUUUGUGUCAGGAUUUUAGUGAGUAUUAUUAACAUUGUGUUGUACUGUGUUCUCUGGAUUAAGCAGAUAUUUAUGUGAGAGAUAAUAAAAUGGAAAACUGAUAA